AUGUCUUUAAUGUUUUAUUCCUCUUUGUUUCUUGUUAAAGGAAUUAAUUAUUAUUCUAGACGAGGUCUUAAGACUCGUCUUCCUCUUAUUUCUGAACUCAAUAAAAUUAGAAAUAUAGGCAUAAUAGCCCAUAUUGAUUCUGGAAAGACAACAUUAACAGAACAAUUACUUUAUCAAACGGGGAGUACCCAAUCUGUUGGUUUUGUAGAUGAAGGGAGUACAAUAACUGAUUUUAUGGAAAUUGAACGGGAAAGAGGUAUAACAAUUCAAUCUGCAUCAAUUUCUUCUCUAUGGAAAAAUCACAGAAUUAAUUUAAUUGAUACUCCGGGUCAUGUAGAUUUCACCGUUGAGGUCGAAAGUUUACGAGUUCUUGACGGCGUUGUUACUGUUUUGGAUGCAUCAGCGGGCGCUCAAACUUUGACAGUAUGGAGACAGGCAAAUAAAUUUAGUUUGCCUUCAAUAUUUUUUGUAAAUAAAAUGGAUAAACCUUGUGUUGAUUUAAGUUUUUGUGUUGCAUCUAUUGAAGAGAGACUAAAUUUAUUCCUAUUGUUUUACCCUUUUUUAAUAAAGAUGGGCAUUUGGAAGGAUUUAUUGAUGGUAAGUAAAUUAUGUAUAAAUAAUUUUUAUUUUCAUUUAUUUUUAGUUUUAAACAAUUUGUUUUUAAAGUUUACAAGAGAAAAUAGAAUACAAAAUAAUAGUUUUGAAUGGAUACAUAUAGAGAAAAAUUCUCAAAUAGAACAAAUUUUAUUAUCUGGAUUUGAAGAUAUUUGCCUUAACCUUGCUGAUAUUGAUUCAGAAUUUGAAAAAGAAAUAAUAAAAUAUCCGAAUUUAAGAAAUAUUCCUAAAGAAAUGGUCAGUCACGACACGAAAGAAGGACAGUUAAAUUAUGUUCGUCUCUUUAAAGGCGAUAUUGAACUUCCUUCAGCUGGUAAAUAUACGUUAAUCAAUGCAAAUACAGAUGAACUUCAAAAUAAUUAUAAAAUUUUUACACCAUUUAGUGAUUAUUUACAACCAAUUGAAAAAGUUGAGAAUGGGAAUAUUGCUGUAUUUACUGGCCUCAAUAAUACUAAAACUGGGGAUACCCUUAUUAUUUGUGAUUCUUCAUGCAAAAAUAAAUCAUUUGCUCGUUUUGCAUUGGAAGGUAUUAAUUCACCAUCCCCGGUGUUUUCAUGUACAAUUGAAUCACCAACUUUGGCUAGUGAACAGAAAUUUUUAAAAGCACUUUCCGAGCUUCUUGUUGAAGACCCUUCUCUUCGGAUAAGGGAGGAUUCCAACACUGGACAAAAAAUACUUGAGGGGAUGGGAGAAUUGCAAAUUGAAGUCCUUCGUGAACGAUUAUUGAGAGAAUAUAAAUUGGAUGUUUUUAUUGGGCCUAUAAGGAUUGGUUACCGUGAAUCUCCAACGAAGCCAGUUGAACACUCAAAAAUAAUUGAAGACUCAUUAUCUCAAAAAUUACAUCAAUCUUGGAUUUCUUUGAAAUUUUAUAUUGAACCUAUAACGAAAUAUGAUAAUUUUAUUAGUGUGGAAAAUAGAUUUGGAGUAUUUACUGGGGUAGAGUUAUCAUUAGAAUCAGAAAAUACAGAAGAAAUAGAAUCUGCAAAUGAAGUACUUUCAAAACGGCCAGAGUUGCUUAAAGCAAUUAACGAUGGUUGUAGUGUUGCUUUAUUCAAUGGACCAAAAAUGGGAUUUGCUGUUACCAAUGUUAAAGUAUUUUUAAAAUCUUUUACAUUUUCCGGUCGUAUUCAACCAACUUUAUUAAGUGCCUGCGCUAGUCGUUGCCUUUCUGGUGCUUUAAGAAAAUCAGCAAUAAAUAUUCUUGAGCCUUUAAUGCAAAUUGAGGUUACUAUCGUUGCUGGAAUUUCUGAUAAUAUUUUGCAUGAAUUAUCUAAAAGGAGGGCUCGUGUUAUUAGCGUUGACAGCCAAAGAAAAACAUCAAUAAUUACUGCAUCAAUUCCUUUAUCAGAAACAAUUGGACUUUCCAAAAUUUUGAGAACAAUUUCUUCUGGAUUGGCAAGUUUUAAUUUAGAACAAAAAGGCUAUCAAUCUGUUGAUGUUGAAAAUGUUCAUAUAAAUAUUUGA